AUGUGUAACAAUAAUUGGACAAUUAAUCAUUACAACAAAAAUCUAGUAAGAGGAAAUUUCAGAGGAAGUCAUCAGAACUUCAGGGGCAAUCAUGGAAGUCACUAUCAGAGUAGAAUAUAUAGAGGACACCCACCGAUGCAGAACAACUUUAACCAUAAACAGGGAAGACCAUAUAGAGGACAUUUUAUGCAGACUCCGAAUCGCUUCAAUAGUACAUAUAGCAGAAGUUAUCAUGGGUCAAAUUUAGGAGGAAAUCAAAAAGGAGAGUAUAAUAAGUCUUACAACUGUGAGUAUGAACAUAACAGUCAAGCCUUUUCUAUUCAUAAUUAA